CCGUUCCCAUGGGAACAGAUGAACCCUCAACCAGUACUGCAGGGCUAAUCUUAACCAAAGUGAAGAUUGCAGUAAGAUGAGGAGGAUCAUUGCUGAAGAUCUAGACUGGUCACUGGCUACAGUGUCUAGUUUGUCAAACCUCUGUCUCCAGUGCAUAGUGAGCAACUUUGAAGAAAAGCCAAUAUAUGAAGAGCUUACAUCCAGUGAGAAGGACUUCAUUCAGAACAGAGUGUCCCUUUCCCUGCCUCUGCAUUUUGCAGCCAAUGUUUUCCCAGAUGGCGUUUAUUGGAAGCGACGCUGUGAGCAGAAGUGGAAAGUUUGUGAUGUCUCUAAUUACGGCGAAAGCUGGAAACGAAUGUUUUUUGAAAGGCAGCUGGAGAACAUCAUUGAACUUUUCAUUCCUGGCAUAACAGAGCCAAAGACAGUUCUAGACAUGGUCACGCUUUGUAAAGACCACAUCAAGAAGCUAAACAUCGCUCAGCUUCUGCCACCUGUCAAGGAGCCGCAGACGGAGGAUGAGGAGCAAGCAACAGAGCUGACACUUGAAAAUGAGGAUGAUAAAUCUGGUAUGGACCACUUUGACUUUAGGAUCUUGCUUGACAAGCUUACAAACCUGGAAGAGCUGCACUUGGUGUACAAAGUCAAAUCAUGUGGUAUGAACUUUGAAUGGAGCAUGUUUGAGAUGACCAACCGAGACUGUGAGUCCCUCGCCAAGGCACUUAAGUCCUGUAAGACAUUAAAGCUCUUUCGGCUCCAUCUUAGCCACCUUGAGGAUAAAAAGUGUCGUUUGUUGGUGAAGUACCUUUUAGACCACCCCUCCCUGCGCACUCUAGAUUUUUCUCACAACGUGAUUGGAGACAGCGGAGCCAGAGCCAUCAGCAAAUUGCUCACAAAGAGCAAGCUGGAGAUCCUGAACCUGUAUGACAACAAUAUUGGCGGCCCUGGGGCCAAGGCUAUAGCUCAUGCCUUGUCCAAGAACACGAUUCUUGUGUCCCUCAACCUAUGUCUGAACCGUCUGAGUGAUGAGGGUGGUCAGGCUAUUUGUAAGGCCUUGUUGAACAACAAAACCCUACUUCACCUGCAACUGGGAGCCAAUGGGGUGACUUGGCUUACUGCGCUUUCCCUGUCUAGUGUGUUAGCACAGAAUAACACCCUGAAGAGCAUCAAUCUCUCCUGCAACACGCUGGGUGAGGUUGGAGGGAACGCUUUGGAGGAGGCGAUGUCUCACAACACCAGUGUGACAGAAUGUAAUAUCCACUUGACAGACAUCGAAGAGCGGAAGGUUUCCGUCAUUAACCAAAUGGUUUGGAACAACCAGUUUAGAAAACAAGAAACAAGCCCAAGAGAGAAGAAUACUGAGAAUGCCAACUGAUGGUUUUUAUAGUAUAAACCCAUCUUUAUCAGCCGUCUGUCUUUGCUAAACGUAUUCAUCUAAAACCACAAUAAACGAAAAUAUGCAGCAAAAUUCAACCAAAUUUGGUCUUAAACACAACAGAUGUGAGCCCUACACUAAUUCUAACGUGAGAAAAAUGUAGGAUAUGACGUGACAUUAAGAUCUUUAAACUAUCUCAAAUGAGUUGUCUGAUAUCUACUUAUUUCAUAAUGAUUGAAGCCGAUGAUUGGUUCCUGGCAGACCAGGUCAUGUAUCAAUCACGGGUAUCCUGCGCUGUCAUUAGUUGUUGUUUCAAACAGUCUCCUGAAAGUUAAGCAAAGUUUAUAUUGGGAUCUACCCACUUUGCGUAGCCAGCAGGGGGAGGAUUGAAAUUUAGAAUUUAAUUGCAUUUCUGUGUGCUCUGUGGACACAUCACAACUCAACACCUGAAAACACAAUCAAUGGACAUUUACUCCAGUUCGAGUAACAUUUCCGGAAAUCUUCCAGCUGAGACUUUUUAGACAAUGAGUAAGUGUGAAUAAAUAUGUCCUGUUUUGAUUCAUAUGAAGCAAUAGGAACCAGUGAGCUUGGGACUGAGGGGAUGGACCAACACACUGCUGCUUCUGUUCUAUUUACUACACUUGUUGACAGUAUUAAAAGUUUCCUUUGGCUCACAAACAUGCAACACUGGUCAAACAGUUGACCUCAGAUCAGUGACCAUAGUCUUUCUGGCAUGUCUGUUGUGUAUUUUUAAACAAAUAGACCAUAUUUUUUAGUGAG